GGCCCAAAUGAAACCGCUCUCGAAUAAACUCAACAGCCGAAGUCUGUCAAUUACUAAAUCACCCAUGGUCUUUGAUUAAAUCUACUAAAAACACCAUUACCCGACCUCUCUCUCUCUCUCUCUCUCUCUCUCCAGCCCGCCACCCGCCAGUCACCGCCAUAUCACCAUGUUCUCUCUCAUCACUUUCCCCCCCUACCGAACGUAGAAACCAGACGACAAACACAGCAAUGUCAUCGCACGAGCAAGCCCUAAUCUCCCUGGUUUCCCAACUCGCCCUCUCCUUCGACGGCGCCAUUUUGGGCGUAGCCCUAGCGUACGCCGCCGUGCGCACCGUCCUCAAGCUCAACUCGGUCUCCUCGGCCCUUCGAAAACUCCAUAACGCUCCCUCUGUCCAAGUCUCCGAUCUCCGCUCAAUCCUCUCCCUCGAUCACUCCGACGAAUCGCAGCCGUCCGAUGCAAAGCUCGUCGUUGUACGCGGCACCGUUGAAGCCAAAUCCGCCAUCGACGGCAACUGGAACAUCCUCAACUCCGGCGUGCUCGUCUCCCAGGGUACAAAGGAAAGAGCCGUGGUUCUUCAGAGAACUCAAACGUGCGUUUAUAAUGAGUGGAAAGGUUUCGUGGGAUGGCCGUCGGAUUUGAGAGCUAUAUUCUCUCGGUCUUGGAGGGAGCGAGAAUCGAAGGUUUUCAGAACGGUUCCGUUCAUUCUUGCUGAAGGUGGCCGAAGGCCGAUUUCGGAGUUUGUUGCUGUGGAUAUGGAUGGAUCGAGGCAUCCCCUACCUCUUACCACAGUUUAUCAUCAUCUGCAUCCUGUUAAUCCUUCUCCGUACACAUUCCUGGAGGCACUUUUUGGCCAUCGGUACCCGGUUGGUUUGCUAGAUGAAGAGAAGAUUCUUCCAUUAGGAAAGGAAAUUAGUGCUGUUGGUCUCUGCAGUGUUAAAGACGGAGUACUGGAAAUCAAGUCUUGCAAAGACUUUCCCUAUUUUCUCUCUGAGAUGUCUAAGGAUCAGAUGGUUGUAGAUCUUACAUCACGCACAAAAGUACUAUUCUGGAGUGGGAUUUUUCUUGGUUCAGUGUCAAUUGGUGUCCUUGCCUAUGCUGUUUCCAGGAAUUGGAAUAGAUGGAAAGUGUGGAGGCAGCAAAGGGAGUUACAGCGAUCAAUCCGUGCCAGCAAUGCUGAAGCCCAAAGUCAAGAGGAAGAAGAAGAAGAGGAUGCAGGAGAUGUCCCAGAUGGACAAUUGUGUGUCAUAUGUCUGAUGAGGAGAAGGCGAUCAGCAUUCAUUCCUUGCGGGCAUCUAGUUUGUUGCCAACUCUGCAGCAUAUCAAUCGAACGGGAUGUAGCACCAAAGUGCCCUGUUUGUCGCCAGCAAAUACGCACUUCAGUCCGGAUAUAUGAUUCUUAACAUGAGUUUGCUAGUAUUAGGAAGCUAAUAGGGGAUUUGCAUAGUGGCAAAACAUACUUGGUUUGACAUGUAGUAAUUUUGUAACCCCAUGAAGUAAAUAUGGAUGUUUUGUGUAUAUACUUGAAGCUUUAUGUGAAUCAUGUGCAGAUGUUCUACAAGGUUUUGGUAAUUUCUCUUCCAGCUUGAGUAAAAAGCAUAACCAUUUCGGCUUAGAUGGAGUAAGCUCAUUUGAAUUUUAGCACCGCUCGCAGAAUCCCACAUCGGCUGCACAAGAGCUUUUGAAGUUGUUUAUAAACAAGCGUGGAUUCUAUACAGAGUGAUAUCUCUGGGCGAAGCGAAUGUACCGUGGUUCUGUAAAAGUAAU